AUGGCAGAGUAUGGCAUGGGAGGCCAAGUCUCCACACUAGGAGAUGUUUAUAGCUUUGGAAUACUGUUGCUAGAAAUGUUUGCAGGAAAAAGACCUACAGAUGACAUGUUCAAAGAUGGUCUAAGCAUUCACCAAUUCGCAGCCAUGGCAAUGCCCGACAAUGCCGGUGAAAUACUUGACGCUGCAUUACUCUUUGAAAGAGAAGAAGCAGAUGAUAAUGAUGACAGAUGCAGAAAUGAUGUACAUGAAAAACCAAUUAUAAAAUAUGUGGACCGCAGCUCUGUCCAAGGAAGAAGCUUGGAGGAAUGCUUGGUUAUCGUGGUGCGGAUAGGACUCUCUUGCUCUGCAAUUUCACCAGGAGAUCGGAUGCUUAUGGACGUCGUCGUCAACAAAAUGAAGGCAAUAAGGGACUCGUAUCUGAAAAUUCAAUAAGAAAAAGCUUUGUAGUACACGAGAAAGGAAUAAGUUUGUUCUGUUUAUGCUCUCUCUGUUUUGUAUGGUACUACUACUAGAGAAAAGCCAGGUGCAGUACAUUUGUGUGAAACUGAUUAGA